GGCUCUAACCUGCAAAUUAUUAGAGAUUAGAGGUUAUACUUCGAACGCGGGAAAUAGAAUUUUCUGCUUAAAUCCUCGAAUGUUACUAACUUUUACUGUCCUUUUGAACACUUCGACCGUUGCCUGCAACCCAGAAAUUCCCAAUAGCUCGAAAAAACUCUCACCCACUUAGUUUUAGAUUAAAGACAUUUCCCAGUUGAUUAAUUUAGUAAAACUUGACAAAAAUGAGCAAACGCCGGUCCGCAGACCAGCCAGGGGCCUACAAACGGUUCAAGCCGAACAGCAGCAUUCAGAGGCCCCCGCUCGGUGUCGUCGACCCCAACAGGGACACUUUGAUUUUUCAGGAGCUCGAAUUGGACCACUAUAUUGGCAAUGUUUACCCCGGGAUGCCUGGGCCCCAAACUGGCCAUGUGCCAAUCAUUCGAAUGUUCGGCGUAACCAAAGAAGGGAACAGCGUCUGCUGUCACGUUCAUGGCUUUUCGCCUUAUUUCUACUUUAACUUGCCUGGAACUUUUGCUGAAUCUGACUUGGCGCCUUUCAAGACUAAGUUGAAUGAUGCCUUAAUCGCUGAUAUAAGAGGAGGCAAUAAAGAAGGUACAAUCGACGCUGUGCUGAUGGUGGAAAUAGUGAAGGGCAAAACAUUGGUUCAAUAUCAUGGGGAUGAAGAUGAGCCGUUUGCUAAAGUCACUGUGGCCCAACACAAGUUCGUGCCAGCAGCAAAGAGACUCUUGAGCGCUCAGGUGGUUUAUCAGCCACUAGCGUCGCAUUCUUUUGAGUUUUUCGAAAGCAACGUGGAUAUUGAAACAAGGUUUAUGGUGGACACUCACAUACUGGGGUGCGUUUGGAUAGAGUUGCCCCCCAAAAAGUGGCACCUCAGAACGGGCAAAUCGUUGCAUUCCAAAAUAUCCCGCUGCCAAGUGGAGUGCGAUGUUUCCUGGGCGGAUUUUAUUGCUCACGCCCCUGAAGGAGACUGGGCUGAUGUUGCCCAGUUCAGAAUCCAUAGCUUUGAUAUUGAGUGUGCAGGCCGAAAAGGUAUUUUCCCCGAACCAAACAUAGACCCGAUCAUCCAAAUUGCCAACGUGAUACAACUCCAUGGCGCAAAGGAAGUAAUGGCCAGAAACAUUUUUUGUUUGAACUCAUGUGCUCCCAUUGGCCAUGCAGAGGUGUAUUGCUAUGAAAAGGAGGAGGAAAUGUUGGCGGCAUGGGCGGAUUUUGUGCGGGAAUUGGACCCCGAUAUCUUCACCGGCUACAACAUCAACAACUUCGACUUCACCUAUCUACUGGACAGGGCGAAGCACCUAAAGGUGGCAAAGUUUGAUUUUUUGGGCAGACUUUUGAAUGUCAGAUCGCAGAUUAAAGAGACAGUCACUCAAACCAAAAUCGGCAAGCGCACGUAUAAAACCAUCAACUUUGAAGGGCGGGUUCCCUACGACAUGCUGCUGGUUAUCAAACGGGACUGCAAGCUGCGCUCCUACACCCUUAAUAGUGUUUGCCAGAACCUGCUAGGUGAGCAGAAGGAGGAUGUUCAUUACAGCAUUAUCACUGACCUGCAGAAUGGAGAUGAUCAAACCCGAAGAAGAUUGGCCGUUUAUUGUUUAAAGGACGCUGAACUGCCCUUGAGACUGAUCGGUACGGUUUUGAGCUUCACAAAUGAUAUAGAAAUGGCCCGAGUUACCGGAGUGCCCAUAACUAGUUUGCUAACAAAGGGCGAGCAGGUGAAGGUGGUUGCUCAGCUGCUAAGACAUGCAAGACAAGCCGGAUACUUUAUGCCCGCCCAUCAAGGUCAGGCGGGCUCCGAACAGUACGAAGGGGCUACAGUAAUUGAGCCCAUUAGGGGCUACUAUACCGAUCCGAUUGCCACCCUGGAUUUCAGCUCUCUAUACCCCAGUAUUAUGAUUGCGCACAAUUUGUGCUACACCACCUUGAUUAAGAGCCAGUUUGCAAAGGAGAAAUUAGGAUUGUCCGAUGACCAAGUCACAACCACCCCAGCCAACUGCAUGUUUGUGAAAUCUUCAGUGCGACCGGGACUUUUGCCGCAUAUUCUGCAGCAUCUGCUGGCAGCCAGAAAGAAAACCCGGGAUUUGUUGAAAGACGUUAAAGACCCUAUUUUAAGGAACGUGCUCAACGGCAGGCAGCUGGCCUACAAAAUCUCCGCCAAUUCGGUGUAUGGUUUCACUGGGGCGCAAGUUGGCAAACUGCCUUGUUUGGAAAUAUCGGGCAGUGUUACCGCUUAUGGACGCACAAUGAUAGAGCAAACCAAGCAGGAAGUCGAGCAACACUACAAAGUGGAAAAUGGGUAUGAAAGCGAUGCGAAAGUAAUAUAUGGCGACACUGAUUCGGUGAUGGUCAAUUUCAAAGUGAAGAGUUUGGAGAAGAGUAUGGAAUUGGGGCGGGAGGCUGCCGCCCUUAUCAGCGCCAAGUUUAUCAGCCCCAUCAAGUUGGAGUUUGAAAAGGUCUACUACCCAUACUUGCUCAUUAACAAGAAAAGGUACGCUGGGCUGUACUUUACCAAACCCGACAAGUACGACAAAAUGGAUUGCAAAGGGAUAGAGACCGUGAGAAGAGACAACUGCACCCUAGUAGUGGAUGUAAUUAACACGUGUCUUCAAAAACUACUAAUUGAUAGAGACCCUGACGGCGCAGUUAAUUACGCAAAGUUGGUCAUUUCCGACCUGUUGCAGAACAACAUCGACAUCUCGCAGCUGGUGAUAACAAAAGAGCUGACCAAGGAAGACUAUGCAGCCAAACAAGCCCAUGUGGAGCUCGCCAAGAAGAUGAAGAAACGCGACCCCGGAAAUGCACCCAAAUUGGGCGAUCGCAUCCCUUAUGUGAUUACUGCGGCCACCAAGUCAGCAAAAGCCUUUGAAAAAGCCGAAGACCCGAUUUAUGUGCUGGAAAACAACGUGCCAAUAGACGCAAAGUAUUACUUAGAAAAUCAACUAUCCAAGCCGCUGGUCAGGAUUUUUCAGCCAAUUUUGGGCGACAAUGCUGAGUCGAUUCUGUUGCGAGGCGAACAUACUAGAACAAGGACUGUGGUCACAUCCAAAGUAGGCGCCCUGUCGGCAUUCACUCAGAAAAAAGAAACUUGUUUGGGAUGCAAAUCGGUUCUACCCAAAGGCUACGAAAAAGAGGCAGUUUGUCCCUACUGUAAGCCGAAAGAAUCCGCUAUUUAUCAGCAGGAAUUGUGCCAUCACCGUAUGUUGGAAGAUAGAUUUGCCGCUCUGUUCACUGAAUGUCAACGAUGUCAGGGCUCUCUACACGAGGAAAUCCUGUGCACUAGCAGGGAUUGCCCGAUAUUUUACAUCAGGAAAAAGGUUCAAAUGGAACUGGACACUAGCAAGACUAAGAUUGGUCGUUUUGGUGAUCCAGUGCCGGAGGAGGAGGACGAACUUAUGGAUCAAGAUAUGUUUUAACAAGUAAUUAAUGAAAGGGUACGAUUUACCGAGCGUUCCAAUUGUUGCAAAAGUUUUUGUCUAUUAACGAUGAUUUUGAAGCUAAGAAAGAGUGAAAGUACUAAACUAAAUUUAUUUACAUACUAGAAUCCGUUAAGUGUGGUACAAAGUGACUGUUAUUAUUAAACAUCUACCAUGUAAAAUUUAGAUAAAUAUGUUUUGGAUACUUGUUAAUAUUUAUUUUGGGUUUACAAUGAAUAGCUAUUUGGAUACACAUUUCUUCAACGCGCUUCUAAUGUGUAGCCGAUUAAAAUUGCGACAUACAAAACUAAACAGUUAAAUUAAUAGAACAUUUUUUCAAAGGACACAAACGUUAUGGAAUGAAGCUUUAUAAACUACUCUAAAUUAUCGAAACGUAAGUGGUUUCGUCACCUUUCAUUAAACCAACCAUUGGCCUAAUAAAUAAACGUCUUCAACAAACCAACCCAAUGUUUCAUCGGCAAAGUAGCACAAACCGCGUUUGCACUUUAUGAUUAAGACUAGAGAAAUAAAUACAAAACAAACAUUGAACUGUUA